GCAAGCAUCAACUUCAUCAAAAGCAUCAUUUCGUUAUCCUUUCUAUUCAUUAACAUCAUACGGUUGAUGCAAGUCUCUAUGACUGCAUCUCGUUACUGGCUAAGGUUUCCGAAGUUUGGGCUUGCUUCCGGCUCCGCUUUUGCAUGUUUCAGCUAGCAGCAGGCCAAGUCCAACACCACAAUGCACGUUUGAACGAUGUCGUGAAUAUUACAUGGGAAACCCCAUGUUUUACGCUUGACGAUCAGGAAGAUGAGGGAAAAAAGCGAUACAACAUCAAGUGUUAUUCUGGCAACAUUUCUGAUAUAUCUUGCUUGUUUCCCUAGGUGAAUACAUAACACACAAGGGUUAUCGAGCAUGCUGUUUGUGCGCAGAUAAUCAUACGUGCGAACUUUGAUGCGAGAUAGGUCUCCAAAAACUACGCACAAGCAGGUUCAGGUUCUCUACCAUUUUGGAAAGGGGCUGUAUUAUCUAGAAAAUAUUUGCGGGCUUCAUGCUCGAAAUUAAUUCCGCAAGCAGUCUUUCGGAUUUUGAUUUCUAUACUGUCUGGUGUGCUGGAGUAGUAUCAAUCGAGAAGCACAAGACAAUCGAUUUUGGAUGGAGCGUCUAUAAUUUGACUAAAGUGGACAAGGCGGGGUAAACUACUCGGGGGAAUACAACCAUGCUCGGGAAAGUUUUCUCUCAGUGGACUUCACAUACCGAUUAUUAAUCAUUCCAUCCGAGCUACGAAUUUUGUUAGGGAGAGAGUACUUCGCAAAAUCCAUGAAUCUGAAACCAGUCUUACAACAAUCUUUGCGAAGUACAUGGCUUUUGAGAAGCUAAAUGAGACAUCUAGCCCUGUCCAUGUAAUGGUCUGGGUGGUAUUGUCGAUUCUAUAUUGUCAAAUUUUGCACCCUAUUUUAACUCGGACAAUCCAUAAGUGGUUAGUCAUUCUAGUCUUGGGGAUCUUUGUUGCACUUCUAAAUCUCUAGAAUUAUAGGAUAUGAGCUUGAUAGUGCAAGGCUUGACGACAGUGGUAGUACCACAUACAUCAGAAUGAUUUCUAAAUGGGUCCCUAUGUGCUUAGAUCUUAUAUAAUGGACGCAAUCAGUUGACUAAACCGUUCAAUUCUUACAUGGUACUUAUAGGUUAAUCCCUCAAGUAUCUGUCUAUGUCUUCAGAUAGGAGGGAUCAAACCUUGAACGUGUACUACUUCUACGUACUUGGGGAUUUAAGUGCGCAUACCGCAUAUCAUACCAGUACUUGGGAUGACUGUUCACUGCAGUUGGCAAGGUCUGCAUAUCUUCAAUCACUCCUGUGUAGUCUUUUUUUACAAUCAUCUUUUGCCGAUGCCAUAAUACAUUCAUUGUGAAUCUGAUAAUCUACUAUUGUAAUUUCAAGGGUGCAAGGACCGUGCAACAGUUUUCACAUCCGUCAUUGGUCUUCCCGUCUACCGUUCUGGAAGCUUAAACACCCGGACGAUGAAGAUCGUGCGCAAGUGUUGCUUGUUUCACAUCACUCUUAUUUUUAUUCUGAGCCAAUAAUGACUUUCUUUGUUUACUAGCCCAUGGUUAAAAAACAUGUGUUGAUUUGUUCGAGAAUUCUCAAGAUCGAAUGGUGUCAAACUCCAUCUCUCAUCGCAUCGUUUCUUCAAGGCAUGGUUUCAAUUGAUUGGACCCAUCAAAGUCAGACGUUCAAGGGGUGGCUCUUUGUACCCCAAUCCCUUUGAUUCUCAAUCAGGCAGUCAUGUCCUUAAAUAAUGCUAGUUUAUCUAUCAAAUCUUCAUUGUUGGUCACUGAAGCAAUCCUAAUCGAGAUUGAAGCGAAUUUUGUUGCCCCAUCGUUUGUUUUGAGUUUGAAAUUUGAUAUCGAUCUAUUGUUUCUUAACUACGGAUCGCUGGAACGACAGGUGACAAGUUUCAAGGAGAAUCUAUGUUCCUGUGUCAUGUUCACAAUAUGUACGAUUUAUAAGAAUGAUUUAUUAAUCGAUGAACCCAUUAAUAUCCCUUCCAGCUGUCAGGUUCUCCUAAAAUAAUGAAGGCAUCCAAACAAUCUUUGAAUAUACGUUAAUCUGUGUGAAAAACUUCUUCAACAAUGAUUUCUGUUGCAAACUUUCUCCAGGCUGGACAAUGGAGACCGUUGUUGGUUUUUGCAACUCUCAUAAUAUGUCUCUUUACAAUUUCAUCUCUCAGUCACCUCCCACAAUCAACGCUGCGGCGUCGAGCAUUACAUGCAGAUAAUUAUAUUGAAGAACGAGGCUUUUUAGAGGCAAUAAGCGGUGCCGCUGGAAAACUUCUGAGCGGAGGUAAGAGUGGAGGCGCCUUAUCGACAAUAGGAGAGUUGUUCUCCGGGAAUAUAUCAGGAAUUGUUAGUGGGUUAGCAGCAGACAUAGCUGUACCUGCAGGAUUUCUGGGGAAUGGCCUCGCCCUGGGUGUUAUUGCCGGAAUGAUGAAUAUGACCGUACCAACUACAAAUGCGAGCGGUUUUAACUUGGCAGCGCAAAAUCUUGGCUCUGGACUUACAAAGAGCUUGGUUGGAUCCAUUUCAAUCGCACCAGUCGGUACCGAUAUGACAGCAGCAAAAGCUGCAGCCAAUGAUUCAAUGACUAUGAUGAUAGGAGCUGGAACAAUAAAUGGGGCCGCUCUUGCUCUCGCACAAGGUUUAGGAAGUGGAGCUUCCCAAGCAUUAAAUUUCACAGCACCAUCUGAGAAGGCUGCAUUUAAUACUAGUGGUAUCAAUGGCGCAGCUGGAAAUCUAGGCCAGGGUCUCUCAUCCACAUUUCUCUCUGGUAUUAAUACUACCAGUCUUUUAUCAAAAGCAAUGUCUACUGUCAACAUAAACGACCUGAUACAAGGAAAUGGUACUCUUCUUGGAAGCUCCCUAAGCCAAAUCGCCACCGGUGCCGGUACUGGCCUUGGACAAGGUACGUCUGUUGGUCUCGGACUUCAGAAUGCAGCUAUGAUGGAAACAUCUCCCAAUGGAUCUGCUGGAGCUGUGCAAGACUUCACUAUGGGACUUACAUCCAGCUUUUUGCAAAAUGGCACAUUGUCGAAAUUAAUGACUUCGAUGAUGGGCUCCACAGGUCUCUCAGCUGCAAUGGGUAUGGGUGUAACGGAAGCAGAUAUGGAUUCGAGCUCCUCUUCUGCGACUUCUUUCCUCUCUAAUCUCAACAUCGCGGCAGUAGCACAAGGUUUCGCAGUGGGAUUUCUUGAUGGUGCUGGAAAUACUCUGGCAGGAUUACCUACACCCCCGAUGCAAACACUGAUGUUUAAUGAUUCUAUUGGUGGAGCAGCGACGGGAUUCGGUCUUGGUUUAGGUUCACAGGGUACUACACUUGUGAAGCAAGUACUUGCAGAUCCAUCAAUUAUCUCAAAUUUUACCAAGUCAGCGACUACCAAACGCCAUAUUCUUCAAAAUCGAGCCAUGAUUCCAUCAUCCCGCGUAUCAGUCAUUCAACGUCGCGAUUCGAGCCCCUCUUCUGGUAAUGGUUCUUUCAUCGACGCUCUUAAUGCUACAACUCUCGACCCGAUCCUACAGAUGGGAAUUGAUACUAUUGGCUGUGCGGGUGUAGGUGGACUAGCUUCAAUUGGCCUUGGACUUUUCGAAACUGGAACUAUCGAUGUCAAUCAAUUGAGCGGGAUACUCAAAAUGAACAAAAACAUUACGAAUAAUCAAACAUUUAUCCUCGAAAAUGGGGGAAAUACAUAUACCAUUAAUCUCGCCAAAAUGGAUAUCCAGAUUAAUGGCAUGCCAAUAGUGAGGGCAAUUGUAGCGAUUGUUCUACAUAUUAUUUUCGCUAUCCUAACCUACUUCAUCCUCGCGCCAACAUACAUUCUAGUACACAGCACCAAACGUGUAACAGCCCUCUCCUCCCUCCCCUCUCCAUUCCCAACCUUCAAAUCUCCCAUUCUCACUACCUACGCUCCGGCUCUUCUCUACAUUCUCUCACCAAUCCUCAUCAUCGCUACCUUCAUCCUCGGUUUCGUUAUCAAAGGAUCUUCAUCCUCAUCCCUCUCCGCCCACGGAAUCAUCGGUAUAAUCCUCCUGAUCCCUACAUUCUUCGCUUUCGCAACAUCCGCCACAGCCAUCCAACGCAAAAACCCCAUUUUGAAGACAGUAUACAAGUGGAGCUUCGCUAUAACGAUGAUCGUAGCUGUGUUGGUACUCUUUUCCGGAUUUAUCGAUCUUGCAAAUUAUAGUUUCUGUGCAGUCCAAGCAUUGCCGAUCGUUGUGUGGAUCGUUCUUGGGGGAAUUUUAUUGGGGCCGAUGGGGUUAGCGGGUGGGGUUGUGGGGAUGGAGGGGUUACUUUCGAGACAGAGAGGGAAGAAAGGUGUUGAGAUAAGACCGGAGAUGCAGACGGGGAAUGAGAAGGCAGGGAGUUAUUUCGAUGAUGAUGACGAGAGAGGAACGAUUGCUGGAGGAAAAGUAUAAUUCACAUGUGCGAGGAGUUGAAGCGAAAUUAUUUCAUUGUAUGAUUAUGACAGGAUACCCGGGAUUGGGCUGCCAGUUCACUUUUUUCUUUUUCUUUGUGUUCAAAAUGAAGAACCUUGUAUUAUCAUUAUUAUUAUUACUAUCAUUAGAUAAGUUACUAGUCUUUAGAUAUUUUUAAUGCAAUCGUCUAUCAGGUAUAGACUUUCA